AUAAUACAAAUCUGUUCACACGAGACACAGGCCACAGUGGACCCUACAUUUCGCAAACUGUCGAAAAGCUUAGUAAGUAAUGUUCCAGUGAUGGAACAGAUGACUUACCUUAUGAAGAAUCAUCGGCGUGCACACGAGCGUUGUCAGACCGAUGCAGGUUUUAAGAAAAACCUGCUUAACCACUGUAUAGUUCAAUUAUUGGAAGACAACUUAGGAUCCCGUGCAUAUGAGCGCACGUUGCAGUUAUAUUCGAAGUGGCAGCUUAUGGAUACCCAUGAAUUAUUACAGCUGCUAAGUCCUGACAUCCAGGAGGCUCAGAUUCGUUUGACUCAACGUUUAGUCAACCGUCGAGGUCAUAAUGGGGACACAGCCCGGGGAAAACAACGAAUAGUAGACCUGGCCCGCACACAGUACAGCGUCAGCAACAACAAUGGCAACAACGUCCGACUCCAACAACUAACCCAACGACGUGCAACGGUUGUCGAGCACAAGCACCACCAGGACUGCGACACAUACCGCGCUGCCAGUAUUAUCGGGCGGCCCAGCCUGGGGGGGCAGGACGAUAGAAUACGGACGUCAGACGCAAGGGCCCGGACACCAACCACCACAACACCCAAGCCGACAGACGACCUCAACCACGACGACACUUAG